UCUUUUUAUUUCGCCACCCUUUCUACUUUGCUACACCAACAAUGCUUGAGCAGGACGUUAUUGACGACGUGGCCAUGGACGAAGAGCACGAGGAGGGAGAGGAUGGCCCUGCAUUCACUGAAGAGGAGCUGAGCGAGGAGCUGCAGCGGUACCGCAACGUUGUGCUGUCGGCCUGUUCGUCACUUGGCAACCUACAGCCAGUAGCUCCUAAAGCUGCGGCUAACAAAGAUGACCCGGCCACACAAGCGACCGAGAAACCAUUGGAGGGCGGCCAGGAGCCCAAGGAAAAAGCAGGGCAGGAGCAAAUCAAGAUGGAAUACGUGCCCAGCAGCGACUGUCUCGCAUCUCUGAAGGAUAUAAAGCGCUACAUCCAGAUGGACGAGCGGGGUGAUGGCAAACUGGUCUUGCAAUGGCUUGGUGAGUGGGGUAUUCUCAAAUCCGACAUUAUCCCUAUUUUCACAUUGAGUGUCAAGAAGCUGAUGAGUGACUCGGCAAACCAGGCAGGCCAGGAGCGGCUAUCUGAGCCAGACCGUGAUUAUCUGCUCAAGACCAUCAUGAUGUGCGUUGAGCUUUUUGUGUUUCUGACAUGGAGCAUGGAGUCAGAGCCUGAGGAAGUAUAUACGCGGUUUAUCCGAAUUCUGCGCUCAUACAAGGCCAUGUUUGCUGACAGCAAAGUCAUUUCGAGCAUGAUGGCGGUUGUUGUCAUGUACCUGCGCAAGAACCACUACACAAGCCGCGAGAGCAUGCUAAUCAAGGGCAUUCUGUAUGUAUUCCGCAAUAUCCUGGCCAUUCCCGACCCGCUGAUCUCGCCGACAUCCAAGGGUCUGACUAAGAUCGAGGUACAGGACCGACUGAUUGCUGUCCUGGAGAAGGAGAUGGCGGUCGACUUCUUCUUGACGCUGAUGUCGUCAGCCGACCAGCCGCGGUUUAAAGAACUCCGGGCAACCCUGUUGGAUAUUAUAUAUUACCUGUUCUACCGUGUCCCGCCGUCGGCCCUGUUCGACAGGCCGCAGACAUGGUUCAAGGGGACCAACCCAAACGCGCGGAUCGGUCGGCACAACAACUUUGGUGGUGUCUACGCGGUGUCCACUGGUGAUGGCAUUGUCAUGCCUGUUUUCAGUGCCAAAGAGGCCCUACAGCCGUUCGCCAAUUUGUUCAGGAAGGCAGCACACGUGCAGAAGCCAAAGGCGACAGAGCACACAACUGUCGACAAGCAGUGGCGGCCAAUCGACCUUGAAUGUGUGGCGACACUGCGCAGGAUCGCGGCUAUGUUCAUCGAGAGCUGCUUCAACCCGUUCGUCAGCGCCUUGUUUGAGGAUGUCAAAGCCAACAUGACAGCGAUGAAGGAGCAGAUGCCGCGGCUCCUCUACAUUUCGGCUUAUUUUGUCGACAUCUCGCUGGCCAACGACAACAUCGACCUGGGCAGCAUCUGUGCCUUGGUCCAGUCGCACAUAUUUGGACUCAUAAUGCGCUGCACCAACGACUUUUUGGACCUGCGGCAGUGGGCGGCGCUGGACCCGGCAAUGUACUGCAUCCAGCAGAUUUUAACGUCGCUGACCAAGAUGCGCGGCUCGAAGCUGGACGCGCUCAGCGACAACGUGCUGGGAAAUUUGUUUUACGAUGGCGAUGCCCUGGAUUUGUUUGUCAAGAUGUGCCGCGUCUUCAAGCCAACCAAGAACACGCGCGAGUUCUUGCUGCAGGUUGCGCAGACUGUCGAGGCAUUCUUGUCGACACUGCGUGCCUACGCAGAAUCCAAAUCGAGCAUGUUUGUGCGCAAGAGAGUGAAGAAGAGAAAGCACAGCACCAAGGUACAAGCAGACGAAGACGAUGGCAACGCAUCGGACGAGCUGGAGACCAAUGCGCCACCACCAGCAGAACCUGCAGAGCCAACAACCAGAGAGUCCGAGGCAGGCAACGGAGACGAAGAGCAAGACGUUGAUAACAGUGAUGGGGACGACAAUAGGCCAGAGUAUGCCGAGGUUGAACGAGUAUUUGAUAUGGGCAAAUACGAGCGCGCAUUUGCCACGGCCGAGGUCGUCAAGGCUUACAGCUUCCUGCUCACGCCGCCGCUGGGCACCGAGUAUGUGCUUCCCAUGUUCUUCCGCAUUGCUGUUACACACAAGCGUCCGCAGCUGUUCUUCAAGCGCGCCGUCAUGCUGCGACUCUUGGUUCUGUUUGACGACAAGUACACGUAUCCGAGACGUGGUGAGCUGAUUGACUUGGCAGCGUGGAUCUUCCGCCAGUACAGCAUGGUGCUGAGCAGCCCGGCGCUGACACACCAGUUCAAGGCAGAGGACAUCAACAAUAAGCUAGCCAUGGAGUGCAUGCUUGCUUUCUUGAAGACGUCAAAGGCAGGCACGGCGGUCGAGCCCGUCAUUACACGCCAUCUGAUUACACUGCAUGCAUCAAACGAGAGUGACCAGGAACAAGAUGGAGCAGAGGCCAGUGCCGGAGAGGAUACCAGACCUAGCAGCAGCAACGAGGAGGCACCCAUGGCGAACCAGGCUAAAGCAACCACUAGUGAAUGUACUAGCCAGGCCGCCAUUAGUAACAGCAACAGCAACAGCAACAGCAACAGAAACAUUAUGGACGAGUACCCGAGCGACGAGGAGCUGGGCUGGAGUCGUGACGCAUACCCGAUAGGCAGCACAGUGAACCAGGACCCGCAAAUCGACGAGGACGAGGACCAGCUGGGUGCAGAGAUGUUUAUGGAUUUUUAAUGUGAUGCUGGAAGCGAGCUGUAUUUGCAAACCAAGGAAAAUAGAUGCAUGUGCACUUUAGCUAGCGUACUUGCCCAGGUUCUCGUUGACCCAGUUAGCAGUCAGGUCCUCCUUGUUGCGCAGCAAAUACACCUUGCCAAGCUGUGCCUC